GAAAAAAAAAUAUAAUAAAUAGUUUUUGAUAUCCGUCGAUAAAAGUUGAUCAACAAUGUGCUUUAUUCAGUUUAUGUUUUGAAGAGAUUGGCGAGAAUGAUUGGACAUGGGAGACACACAGUUGCCUCUCGUCGUCGAGAGUCGAGUCCGAUGGUACGUGGUGGAAGUAUUGAUGCUGAUGGUGCACCAUCGAAAGGUGCAUCACCGAGGAGAAGGCGCGCUGUUGCAGUAGCUGAUCAUAAAUCAUGUGCCCUAAUUCAAACUAGACUGAAAUUAGGAGAAUUAGUGACGAGAAAAGAAAAAUGUCUGUGCAGGAAAAAUGGCAGAUUUUCUUUUUGAUAUUGAAGGG